CCACUCCAUCCCUUCCAUAAGGAUCAAACCACACACUCUCUCUCACACACACAUCCCCUUCUCUUUCCUUCUAUCUGGACCACUUGGAGAAAAUGUAAGGACACAAAAGUGGGGGAAAUAGGGAAGAGAGAGAAAAGUGUAUCAAGGAAUAGACAAACAGGGGACAAGAGGAGAGCAGAAGAAGAAGAAGAGUAGGGGAGGACUUUAUUGGAUGACAGAUAAGGGGAAGGAGUACCAGACUCAGACGGAGCAGCACAGCCGGACAGAAUCACUUGUCUGCUCCAUCAGUCCUGCAGGUGGAUCCACAGAUACGUUCCCGUAGCAACAGCCCCAACAUGGCUGCCUGGAACAGUAAUGGCUCACAGAACUCCGUGGCCCACCUCAACCCCCUCAAGGGCACCGUCCUGAGGGACAGCAUGGGGGGAGGAAAGGGGGGAGAGAGGGGGAAAGACCUGUCCAGGGAUGACCUUGUGUUCCUCCUCAGUAUAAUGGAGGGAGAGCUGCAGGCCAGAGACGAGGUGAUCACGUUCCUGAAAGCAGAGAAGAUGGAUUUGGCUCUGUUGGAGGCCCAGUAUGGCUUUCUCACCCCAGUAGAAGUGCUCCGGGCCUUGCAGAGAGACUCACUCCAGGCCCAGGCUUCUGAGGCCCAGGUGGCCCCACAGCAGGAUGUCUACGAGAAACCCAUGGUUGAGCUGGACCGGUUGGUGGAGACUGGAAAGCAGAGCUACAGGCGGAUGCUGGAGCAGCUGCUGCAGGUGGAGUGCUCCCACAGUGGCGCCCUCUGCAGGCUGGAGGAGCAGGAUCAGCAGCAUCGUGCCUUCCUGCAACGCAGCGAUGACCUCACCUGUCUACUGGAGCAGGACCGCGAGAGGUCAGUGACACCCACCAACCGCAACAGGACCCGUGUUGGAAAUGCUACCUAG